AUGUCUUUUCCAAGAUCAAGAAUAAUCAAUGAUAGAGACAUUGAAGAGUACUUGUCUGCUCUGGAAGGAGGAUAUCUGUCAGAAGAUGGCAUGGAAAUGUCUGAUACGGAAGAUAAUGAGGAAAGUAUCUUUUACACCAACAGAAAUGAACCACUGCAAGACGUAGAGGAUGAUGAUAAUCUGGAAAAUGAACCUACUUUACAUGAAGAACAAGUUGAUGUGCAUGAUCCCCCUCUGAUUCUAGAAACUGUGGCAUCUAAAGCAGGAGAAAACUCUGCUUGUUCGACUUGGGUGUUAGACAAGAGGAAGCUGAUUUGGAAGAAGAGUACACUUCAGUUUUCUGAGUCAAAUAUUGAAUUUGAAGGAAGCACUGAUGUAGGCACAAAUGAAAAUAAAAGAGGUCGGCCUAGCUCUUCCAGCCUGGAGCAGGAGUUGCAAGCUAAGAAGAAGAGGUUACAAUCAAAACCAAUCCCUCCAUUGGAUAUACGGAUGGAUGGUCUAGGGCACUGGCCAGAUGAUGGUGUGUCGCUUCGUU